AUGGUUAUGGAACAAGAGACUAGUGCAGACCCAAUUUUGAGCUUGAUUUAUCCUCUGGGUAUUGUUUGCCUCCUCGCUCCUGCCUUUGCGGGAGUGAGCAUAGGGAUGGCAAAGGCUUCACACGGCAUCUGCCAGGCAGCAGCUGUUAAAAAUGAUAUUAUUCUAACUAUCGUUCCUUCUGCCUUCAUUGGUGUGUCUAUUUUAUACGCUGCGCUGAUUUUCUUCCUGGGGCGUGUUUCUGGGCCUGCAGCAGACUUCCACAAGCCGCUUACGUGGCUGGCAGGGCAGAUAAUCGCAGGCGCAGGGCUCUUUUGGGGCUCCAUUGGGCUCGGAGACAUCACCGCAGUGGCUGCAAUAACCGCAGCGCAGCAGAAAAGAUUCAAGAUGGCGUUUUUCCUUCUUUUGAUCUUUGGAGAGUUUUCGGGCUUGUUCUCACUGAUCAUUGGGGUGAUCCUGACAUCAGAGAAUAAAUGGUAG